AUGCGGCCUAAAUUCAAUAUCCCGAAGCUCGAUCUGAAGAUCAGUUCGCUGCGACCGGAUGCCAAAGCAUGGCGAGACCAAUACGCCCAAUAUGCCCUGUCACCAGAUUCGAGGCCCUCCACGCCCAAGAGCGUACGACCGCCAAUGCCCCACGAUGUCGAGGCUGAUUUGCGUGCCGCUUGCACCUACAUCGUUACCCACCCGAAGCCAUCACACGAAGUCUGGGGACUGGACGCCACCAGACCCGCACUAGAUUAUGCUGCUAUCAAGGCGGCAGAGCCAGCGCCGGCCACCGCACCGGCACCACUUCCCGCGAGGAAAUCGAGUCUUCGUGCCAAGGUUGAGGCCAGGUUGGAAGCAGUCAUGCACGAAUCCGCCUUGCCGUCCACCAAAUACAGCUACAAGCCGAACGUUCAGACCGACGAGCUGUUCAAACACGAGGAAACCAUCAUUUUGCCGAACAAUGCACGAUCGCGAGCUGAUUUGCUGAUGGCACCAGAGCCACCAAGACACGUCAUGUCCAGUACAGGCACCCACUCUGAAUCGCAUUCGCAUUCGAGCUCGCAGCAGCAGGUGGUGAUUCCCACGCAUGUCGACCCAGCAGUCAAGAUACGGACCUCAGCUCGAUCGGAUUCGGUAGGCACCACUGGAUCGACACCACAUACCGAUUCUACCGAUUAUCCUUGGUCAACGUCCACCGGCAUUACUUCUGCAUUCAAUACUCCUGCGCGGAGCUCAAAGCGUGCCUCUACGCAAAAUGUCGUUUCCGAGAAUGGGAGUGUGCCCAAGCUUGAGGCCGCCAACGCCGAAUGGAUGAAGCAGGAGCUGGAGAAGCACAGGAAGACUAUCGAGCAGAGGGAAAGAGAGCGGGAGAAGCUGCUAGAGGAGCAACAUAAUCUGGUGCGGCUGGACAAGGACAACGCGACCAUGCGUUCGGUAUCACAACCGCACGCAGCAAUGUCACAAGUGCCUCCAAGGAAGCCAGUGCCUGUUAGACCUGAGGGCAGGCAAGCCAAGGAUUUGUCGCGACCCGGUACUCGACAAGACACGCGAUCCGAUCAAUCAAGUCUGGCGCCCAAGGGACGAGGGAGGGCUGACUCGGUCCGGACUGAGCAGAGCCAGCAGACCACAGACCAGGAACCUCGAGGUAGAUUUCCACAGAGAUCAAACAGCCGACUGCGCAACGUCAGUCGCACUGCGAAGCGGGCCGUGAGCAGAGCUGGCAGUGUCACGAACGACCUCAUAGGCCACUACCUACGUCCCGAUGCUGAAACGAAGUCGCAGGGGCCUACCAGUCCCAUCUUGGGACACCGGUCUCCGAGUAGAACUCGACACAUCGCAACCAACGUCAAAGACUACUUCAGACCUAGUACAGCGAGUGGUAGCCGAAAGACCAGCAUGGAUGCCGUUCGAGGUCAUGUGCGCAACCCGUCAACCGAUUCGUUCCAUAGCGCAACUUCGGGAAGGCCUGGUUCGGAGGUUGCGCACAAGCCGUGGAAAGGGUGGCGACUACAUAACAAGAACAUUUCUCACAUCACACCUGAGAUCAGCCGACGCGCAAGUGCAGCGUCAGGGAAGAGGACAGUGGACUUGUCGUCUUCACAUAAGCCCGCUAUCAACCUGAACCGGGAGCUUCCACCUCUACCGAGCCUGGACUCAUGGAAGGAUGACCCAGAAUUAAAGCACCCAGUAACGUCAAAGCCACCAGCUGCUGCUUCAGUGACAGCUGCUAUCGCUCCUGCUUACCAUGGGCUCAAGCGAGCGCUUUCGAAACGAGACAUAUGGAGUAAACCGACUUCCAGACCUUCGAAUCAAGUGGGCUCGCCCACACCUCCUCAAUCAGGAAAGCAGUCCAUCGACUCGAGAAGGCUGAAUCUACACAUCACUACAGACAGUUCAGUGCCUAGUCCGCCGCUCAUGUCAUCAGGGACUGGGCCGAGUAUGGACGAACCUGAUCUGCACUACUUGUCGAUGACUACUCUAUCUACGACAAAAAGCGCCGAGCCACGUGCCAAGACGCCUUUGGGGGAUCCUGGUCGUUCUCGACUUCGAAGCAAAAGUGGUCUAGCAUCCAGACCUGAUGUACUGAGGCCACAGCUGACGCGCAACACGUCUCAGCAGUUUCGUUCGGGUACAGAGCAGGAGAGGCCGGCGGUAGUGUUGACUGGGAAUCCAAAUCUCCUCUAUCAUUCUCGAGCAGUCGCAGCUGGACUCGUCGAUGAUCCGACGCGAGCGCCGUCUCCCAGCAUGAGCGGAAAGAUGGGACAUUCUCGACAAAGCAGUGCCGGUCGUCAGCCAAGCAUGGACGAAUACGCUCGCAUGAUGGACCCUCGUUACCAGAAUACUGUUGAGAUUGGUGCGAGGAAGGCUGCUGACAAAGACAGAUCAAGGAAGCACUGGUGGAAGAAGCAAGAUCACAAACAAGCGAGCUGGAUGGAUCGGGUCACGAAAUCUGGUGCUAGGAAUGGUAUGCUUGUUGCAGAGAACACUGCAGGAUCGCCAGUCGCGCGCUACUAG